AUGCUUAAGAAACUGUCUCUAAACUUCAACACUGUCAUCGUGAAAUACAUCCCAUUGCAAAAGGCUGAGGUGAACCUGUGCACACUGACCUGGGAUUGCCAGAUCCUGCUGACCGGCUCUGAUGACAAUAGUAUCUGUAUCUGGAAGGUCGCUAACGGGAAGCUCCUGGCGAGACUGAAAGGCCACACAGGGCCGGUGAGAGCGUGUGCUUUCAACACCAACUGUGACUGGUUUGCCAGCGGAUCACACGACCGUACAGUCAGAGUAUGGGACACAGCCAGAGCCAGCUGUCUAAACAUCCUGCACGGGCACAAUAAGAGUGUGGAGACGGUGUGCUUCAGCCACGAUUCCAAGCUCCUGGUGUCUGGAAGCUGGGAUUACUCCGCCAUUCUGUGGGAUCCUGUGUCAGGCAACUUGCUGAAGACUCUCUACGGACAUCAGAACGUUAUCAAAACCAGUGCAUUUUCAAUCGAAGGAGCAUAUUUGGCGACUGGAUCCUGGGAUUACUCGGUGAUUGUGUGGCAUUUACAGAAUGAGAAAAGGAGGAAAACAUUGAUUGGUCACAGCGGGAACGUGAGCUGUGUUGCCUUUUCUCAGCUAGGAAUGCUGGCCUCAGGCUCCUGGGACCGGACGGUGCGGAUCUGGAACACAAACAACGGCAGAUUGAUCUUCACGCUGAAGGAUCACACCGGCUGGGUUAAGGCGCUGGCAUUCCGGAAAGAUGGAAUCUUCCUGGGGACAGCAUCAGAUGACGGCACAGUCCGCGUAUGGGAUUGUGAGGUCGGGAAAUGUGAGCAGGUGCUGCAGGGAAAGCUGGAAACAGUCUUCACUUGUAAAUUUUCUCCGUCUGGCUCCCUCUUCACAGCAGGAACAAUUGAUCUCAAACUUCAUCCCAGGUCCAACCCUCCCACCCCACCCCACACAGAGUAA